CCCAGAGAGCGGAGCAGCUGUUUUCGCGGUGCUGCUCAGACCCGUAGCGCGUCUGUCGUCGCCAGAGCACCGAAUAGCUUCGGAGAGCCGUAACCUGCCGGAGAAAAAUGCGUGAAUGCAUCUCAAUCCAUGUUGGCCAAGCCGGUGUGCAAAUUGGCAAUGCAUGUUGGGAGUUGUACUGCUUGGAACAUGGCAUUCAACCUAAUGGCACAAUGCCAAGCGACAAAACAAUUGGUGGUGGAGAUGACUCAUUCAACACCUUCUUCAGUGAGACCGGGGCAGGAAAGCAUGUUCCUCGUGCUGUGUUUGUGGAUUUGGAACCAGCAGUCAUAGAUGAAGUACGGAGUGGGAUAUAUAAGCAACUCUUCCAUCCUGAACAGUUGAUUUCUGGCAAGGAAGAUGCUGCUAAUAAUUAUGCAAGAGGUCACUAUACUGUGGGAAAAGAAAUAAUCGACCUUGUAUUGGAGCGGAUUAGGAAGCUGGCAGACCAGUGCACCGGUUUGCAAGGAUUCCUGAUCUUCCACAGUUUUGGAGGAGGCACCGGUUCAGGUUUUACUUCUCUGUUGAUGGAACGCCUUUCAGUUGACUAUGGAAAGAAAUCAAAACUCGAAUUUGCCAUAUAUCCAGCUCCUCAAGUUUCAACUGCUGUUGUUGAGCCAUAUAACUCCAUAUUAACUACGCACACUACUCUUGAACAUUCUGAUUGUGCCUUCAUGGUUGACAAUGAAGCCAUCUAUGAUAUUUGCCGAAGGAAUCUAGACAUUGAACGCCCAACAUACACCAAUCUCAACCGUCUCAUUGGUCAGAUCGUAUCAUCUAUCACUGCCUCUCUCAGAUUUGAUGGUGCCUUAAAUGUGGAUCUGACAGAGUUCCAGACAAACCUAGUGCCUUAUCCCAGAAUUCAUUUUCCCCUGGUCACAUAUUCCCCUAUUAUUUCAGCAGAGAAAGCCUAUCACGAGCAACUCUCUGUCUCUGAGAUCACCAAUGCUUGUUUUGAGCCAUCCAAUCAGAUGGUGAAGUGUGAUCCUCGCCAUGGCAAGUAUAUGGCCUGUUGUAUGUUGUACCGUGGAGAUGUUGUCCCCAAGGAUGUCAAUGCUGCUAUUGCUGCCAUCAAAACAAAGCGUACCAUUCAAUUUGUUGAUUGGUGUCCUACUGGCUUUAAGGUGGGUAUUAAUUAUCAGCCUCCAACAGCAGUUCCUGGUGGUGACUUGGCCAAAGUCCAACGUGCAGUCUGUAUGCUCAGCAAUACCACAGCCAUCGCCGAAGCUUGGGCCCGUCUGGAUCACAAGUUUGACUUGAUGUACGCCAAGCGUGCUUUUGUCCACUGGUAUGUAGGAGAAGGAAUGGAGGAAGGAGAAUUUUCCGAGGCCCGAGAAGAUUUGGCUGCACUUGAAAAGGAUUAUGAAGAAGUCGGCACUGACUCCUUGGAUGGUGAAGAUGAAGGCGAAGAGUAUUAAAACUCAUUAAAUAUUGUGAGGCUGUAACCAUUUGCUAUUUUGCCUGUAUUACCAAGAAAAUGCAUUUUACAUCUCAAAUGUAAACAUUUAGCAUUCCGUGAUAAAGUGCUUGGAAUAAAUUCUUAUAACCAAAG